AUGUCAGCGCUCCUCCGCUCAGUCACAAUUCCCGCUCGAUCCAUAGCUGGGCCGAGCCGCCUUCCCCUCCUCCGUCCCCUCUCAUCCACCGCCACCCAUCUCCGCAAUCCCCAGAACUACGCCCGACCAGGUCCUCCUUCACUGCCACCCAAGGAACAGGCGGAGUUUGACGCGCUCGUCAAAGCCAACGAGACACAUGGUGCUACCCCAGCCAUCACCAAGCCGGCGAGCGAGAUCGAGCAUCGGGAUAUCAGGCGGGGACCCAGAGCAGAGUUCGAUGGCGAUAUCAAUCCCAAGACGGGGGAGCAGGGCGGACCUAAGGUGGAUCCAUUUAAGGCGGGAGAUGGAGACUGGCAGUAUGCGGGCAGAGUGACGGACUUUUAA